AUGAGUGCAGCGACUGAGUCUCAACAGAUCGAAGAUGCCUUCAACAGCUUGUCGCUGAGAGACGCUAAGGAUGAUCUCGCUAAUUGCGUACGAAGACCUGAUACCCGUUUCUGCCAAUAUGUUCCCGUUACAUUCGGAAAAAGCGACAUGGUUGUAUAUCAUUAUGAUAUCGAUAUCGACAUACAGUCCACCCUCAGAUCAAGAGACUCGAAUGGUGGCCAGAAACAAUACAAGGAGUUGAAAUGGAAGAUCUGGAAGGAGCUUUGUGCUACUGCGCCAGAAGGUGCGAUUAAAGAAGGUCUUGCCGGAGCAGCUUUUGACAGGGAGCGUAACUUUUAUGCCACAUUCAAGUUACCACUUAGCAGGGCCGUUGCAAACCUCAAGGUCGAGCUCAAAGAUGAGGAAGGGCAAACUCCCACUCAAAGAGGAAGGCAAAAUCGAAUCUUCAACGUUAAAGUUCAAUUCGCGCGAGAGAUCGACUUGAACGUAAUCUUGUCAUACUGUCAAGGCCAGGCCUUCGAUCCCGACACGAGAGAUAUGGUAGCUAUGGGUAAAGCUGCUAUCAACACCCUUCUUCGUCAAGAUCUGUAUGACCGAUUUGUUCCGAAAGGAGGUCAAGGUAGAAGAUCCUUUACUCUCGAUGACGCUGUGCCCAUGAGUGGCGUCGGAUCGGUCCUCAAUGGAUUCAUUCAAUCCUUCAUUCCCAGCCAAAGUGGCUUUCCCGCGGUUCAGCUUGAUACUGCUUAUGGUCCAUUCUUCCGAUCUGGGAACCUGCUAGAAAUCGUAACGGAGAUCUUCAUGGGCGAUGGCAAUGGUAGUGGUGGAAGAGGCGGUAGAGGUGGCAGAGGUGGUCCAAGAGGAAGAGGUGGCUUUGGUCCGGGAUUGGGCAACUCCUCUGCCCGCUUGGCAGAUAUACUGUCCCGACGAUACAGUCACGAAAAAUUGAAAAAGUUGUUUUGGGGUGCCAAAUAUACCUUAACCUACCGAGCAACCACACGACCUUUUAGAAUUGAAGGCUUCACAACUGAAACAGCUGCACAGAUCAGAUUCGAGAUCAACGAACACAACAGUCCACAAAAGAAGAUGGUUUCUGCGGUUGAAUAUUUCAAAUCUCUAUAUAAUCUUACAAUCAGGCAUCCAGACUUACCUAUGAUUGUGACUGGCAAAAACAGAGGGAGAAAGUUGAUUCCGAUGGAGUUCGUUCAACUUACGGAAUUUAAUGGUAUCCCCUUCACUGCAGUGUCGUCCACUCAGACUGCUGAAAUGAUAAAGGUGGCAGCGAAAGCACCUGCCGAUCGAAGAAAGAAGAUCAUGGGUUGGCGUGCCAAGCUCGAUUACUCUCGAUUACCUAAGAUAAGAGAUUGGUGCCUUGAAGUCAGCCCCGACAUGGUGAGACUGCAAGCUAGGAUCCUUGAUCCACCUAAGGUGAAUUAUAAGGGCAGAGCGGUAACACCAAUCAAUGGCGCUUGGAAUCUGAAUGACAACAAGUUCGUGAAAGCCAAUAAACCUCUGUCAGCCUGGUCAAUCUUGUGUUUUGACAGAUACCUUGAUGAUGGCGGGAUCAAAUCCGUUAUGGGGCAAUUGAUGUCGACCUUGUCGAGAAACGACUGCAACGUUCAAGGCAGAGAACCGCCGAUCCACAGGGGGGACUUGACAAAUCUCGUAGCAUCGCUUAGUGCCGCUGCAAAUCUUGCUUCCAAAUACGGAGGAAACGUUUAUCCCCAAUUGAUUGUUAUCGUUGUACCAUCUAAGGAGUCUGGUUUAUAUCAAGCUAUCAAGAGAAUUGCUACCAACGAGCUUACAAAGCCUGUGGUAACUCAAAUCAUGCUCUCCGCCAGGUUCAAAAUUGAACGAGGCCUUUCUAUGUAUCUGAGUAAUGUGUCCAUGAAGAUCCACUCCAAGCUUGGGGGAGUUACGCAUGCGGUGCCGAUACCAAGUUCGAUCGAUAAGACCACGAUGUUGAUUGGUGCCGAUGUCACGCACCCUCCCCCAGCUGGAAAGGAUAAGGCAUUGCUGCCUUCAAUCGCUGUGUCCGUGGCUGCCGUCAACGGCGACAAUAACAUGUACAGACCAUGUGUCCGACUCCAGCCAGGUCGACGGGAAAUGAUCGAUGAUCUCACUUCAAUGAUAAAGGAUCAUAUAAAAUUGUUCGAGAAGAGGACCGGGUUCAAGCCACAAAAGAUCUUAUUCUUCAGAGAUGGAGUUUCUGAAGGCCAAUACGAUCUUUGUGCUACAAUCGAGAUGGAUCGGGUCAAGCAAGCGUUCAAAGAGCUUGAUCCAAAAUACAACCCUAAGAUCACCUUGGUUAUCUGCGCUAAGAGACACCAUAUGAGAUUUUUCGCUGAAGAUAGAAGAGAUACCGAUAAAACUGGCAAUUUAUUAGCAGGUACUGUUGUUGACACAGACGUCACUCAUCCCUUCGCCUUUGACUUUUACCUACAAUCUCAUGCGGGAUUACAAGGUACCGCCAGACCUACACACUACGUUGUCGUCAUCGAUGAGAACAACUUCACAGCGGAUAGGAUGCAAGGACUUUGCAACGAUUUAUGCUAUUCCUAUGCGAGAAGUUCACGAGCGGUAUCUCUCGUUCCUGUGGUCUACUAUGCCGAUUUGAUCGCGUGGAAAGCUAGAGAUUUUGUCUACCCUCCUGACGAUAACAGUGAUACUGCUUCGGUCGCCACUGGAUCUUCUGUCACUGUUCAAGCAAGUUUUGAUCCCCAGCAAUUGUGUAAGUGA